AUGGAAUCUAUUCAUAUCGAGAUCCCUUCAAGAAGAGAUACUAUAGAACCUCUCAUCAAGUUAGCUUUGUCUCGUCAAACUCGACUCAUUGUGUUGAGUGAUUCAGGUCUUGUCUCGGAGGUUAACUUUCUCUACCCAGUAAUAUGUGCUUCUGGUAUCCCCAUCGAAAGAAUGUUUCGUAUGACAUCUUUCUUUGGAACUUUUGUCGGUGCCAACACCGAUCACUUUUCUGCACACUUUGCGAGCACGAGUUCACCAAAUUCUCAUUUCUCCAUUUUCCUUUCCGGCAAUGAAGGAAAAGUGUUUGGUGAAAUUGUUGGUCGGAGGGUCAUAGCUGCUAGUGCUGUUUUCAGUGUUGCCGCUCUUGUUAAGAAUCCUACAUUUGAUAGGUUGGACAUCAAUGCUGAUCGAAAUCAACAUUAG